AUGCUGGUGAAUGCGAGCAGCUGCCAUCUGGUGAGCGACAGCGCCAUCAAGAGGGCGCUCAACAGCGGCCGCCUGGGCAGCUGUGCACUGGACGGUGUUGAGGGCAACCAGUGGCUCGAGGCGUGGGUCCGGGAGUUCCCGAACGUCCUCAUCUUGCCUCGGAGCGCCGACUACAGCCAAGAGGUUUGGGAGGCGCUUCAGUCCAAGGCUGUGGCGGUGGUUCGGGCAUUCCUAACCUCUGGAAAGGUGCCGGAGGAGCUGGUAUUGGAUGACUCGUUCGGAGGGGUGGAGGGGGAGGAAGAGGAGGAGGAGGAGGAAUCCCAAUGGCAAGCGCUACACGCACUCUUCCCUUCUUCUUCUGCUGCUCGUGCUGGUGCUGCUGCAAAUGGUGGUGAUGGUGGUGGUGGGGUAGGGGGGAAGAAGGCAGGACGGGCAGGUUGGGGAGGGCGAGCAGAGGAGGGAAGGAGGGGUGGGGGCGAUGGGAGCAAGAGUGGAUCUUCUGGAGGGAAGAAGCAGGGGGGGGAGAGGAGGGGAGACACACAGGCAGAUGCGCUAACAGCUUCUGUGGAGAAGCAUCUCCCGGACUGCCCACUGCAAGACGGCAUGCUGGUGGCGCUACAGCCGCUCUCCUCCACCUCCUCCUCCGCCUCCUCCUCCUCGCUCUCGCUCCCAGCAGCCUUCGCGGCAGCCUUCCCCAAGGCGCUGUUCGCCGCCAAGCGCCACCAAGGGGGGGCGUCGUGGCGGUUUGCACCGGUGGAGGGUAUAUCCACGCAGCACCCCAGCGUGCAGUUUGUGAUUGUUUGUGACAAGGAUCUGCUGGGGUGUCGGUCGGUGUUCGCUGGCGGCAAGUUCCUGCAAGCCACAGAAGGUGGCGAGCUGCUGCUGGUGAACGACGACUUGGAUCUCGCAGAGAGCUGGUUCUUCACCGCCCUGCCCCACCCCUCCAACGGCCUCGCCCUCUCCCUCACCAACGCACUGCACUCCCACGUGGAACUUCAGGUGCUCGUCCACGUCUUGAGUGGAGGCUGA